AUGCGAGGUGAAUCUAACCUUUCCCCUCCAAGCAUUCAAAAUGGGGCUGAAGUCAGGUUGAUACGACCUAUGGCACGGCUCGCUUUCUUGCUUUCAGCUUGUCUACCGACCGUAUUCUUUUCAGCAGGCUACCCUUCCUUUGCUACAGCUCUGCUAGGCUUUCCACAUGACAACUCACCUACUGCGCCACAGAAGUCUGGCAGUAGUUCUUCUGCGGUUCUCUCUCGCACCGUGGACUCUCCUUACUCCAUUGUAUCAAAUUUUCGUAUAUCUAACACCGCUAUCCCGCGGUGUGCACUGCUCGUGCCAGACGUACAGAAGACUAUCCAGGCGGAAGGCUUACCGAUGACUCGAGUUAACUUAACAAAUCAAGAUGAUACCAUCGCCUCGUCUCUUCAAAGUCCAGUUCUUCCACCAAAUCGUGAAUGUGCCCCCAAGCAAGCUAGUAGGAUACACGUUGUUGUUCCCAGGUCGGAGAACAACCGACACAGCAUGUACGGUAUCGCCGAUGACAAUAAACAUGCCUCUGGAAAGAAGCGUAACAGUGCUCUUCUCUCCGCCAACUUCAGGCAUGAAGAACGAAACACUGGCUUUCCCCAGGAUGUCGUCGAUAUACUUCAACAACUGGAAGAUCUUGCUGAUUGGGUCAGGGCUGCUUCUCGUAAAUUGAGACCUGCAGCAUCGAGCACAAAGUUUCUUUGUGGGAGCCAUAAUCAUUCACGCGGGAGGUCGCCAACAUCCUGGCACAUGGCUUCUCGUGCCACCGCCUUGGAAGGAAAGAUCUCCACGCCAUUUUCUAACGACACAAAGAGUGAACAAGAGACAUAUGUGAAUGCUUCCGGCCCAGCAACUUCCCGAGCUUUCUCGAUACCGACGGUCACGCAGGGUUAUCGUAGAACGAUGGACUCCCUACAUGAUUCACAUAACAUUACUGGAUUACCUGCAAGGGAUUCCAGAUCAUUAAUCACUUACCCAGUUUAUCGUCGUUCUCAGUUCCAUCAGCCACCUUCGGGUGCUCCUGCAACCAGUCUCACACACCAGAGUGCGUAUUAUCGUCGUACGAUGGACGAUUUCUCUGUUCCAUCCUCCCCGCGAGCUGUCCACCACAUUGCCUCGGUUUGUGGGAAGAUAUCACCCGAGUCAUCCAUCCAGCGAUGUAGGUGGAAAACCAGUGUAAUUCCUCCCGCCAUUCCAGUAGACCAUGUUCCGGUCGAAAGCCCAUACAGUCAACGCAAGAGGAUGCGCUUCCCAUCGCUCAAGCUUUAG